AAACAUUUUGAAACGGUAAAAUCAGUACAAACAAUUUUGGUAUUUUACAGGUCCAAUAAAAUCUUUAUAAAUACGAAACGAGUGGCACAGCAAUCAGCCUUGAGCCGUCUCCCGGGCACAAACAAUUCGCAUUGCAAAAAGAAGAAAAAAGUAAAAACCCUGAUAAGAUAGCAAAAAUCGUUAAAAGAGAGAGAGAGAGAGGCGAUUGAUUUACUCAGAAGCUUUUAAAAGCUUUGCCUUGUGUUGGUAAGCAGCAGCGAUCAACAAGUCACAGUCGGAAUAAAAUUGUACUCGUGAGUGGACGUGGAAAAGCCGAAAGCCCCCUGUGAAACGAAACCGUUAACUGAAAACUGAAACUGACUACGCGCAUAUAAACGUACUUAUUAUUACUUUAUUAUUACUCGUGUACUAUACAUAUUUAAUACCAAGUGUGACGUCAAAGAGAACGAACACUUGGAGUGGUUUUGCUGGCCUGGCGCGUGUUACCUAUCGACAGACUGAGUGUGUGUAUGUGUGUUAAGAUAAACAUUUCAAAGCAGAGAGGACAAGAGGUGGCAGCAGAAGAUGUCCAGCAACUUGCAAACGGCAACCCUUGAGGAGAUUCGCCAUGCGGCAGCACGAAUCUGUCGGGACUAUCUAACCGGUCGCUGGAAGGUCGUAACCCCAGAAUCUUUGGUGGUGAAACGCAUCAGUGGCGGUCUUUCAAACUUUUUAUAUUACGUAAGUCUGCCGGAUUUGGAUGACGAAGAAGAUGCAGAGGAGCAGAGAUUAUUGGAACAGCAACAGCAAGCAAAUGGCAAAGACAACGUCAUAGUUGCUUGUGGCGCCACAAAUGUUGUAUCCAAAAAUAGCCCCGACUUUGCACGCAAUGAUGUGGAGGUGGAGGUGGAGGAGGCCGACUCCCAGUCCGUGGGUGUGAUGGCGGACGAUGACGACGCAGCGACUAGCGCCAAGCAGGCGCACAAACGUCAGCGUUUCGAUAGCGAUAGCGGCGAUUCGAGUUCAUUGAAACGAUUGCAUGCCCCCAAGCAGGAACCGCGUGAGGUCCUGUUGCGUAUCUAUGGACAAACCCAUGGGGAUCAUGCGCUGGAGAGCAUGAUUACCGAAUCGGUUGUGUUUGCCCUGCUCAGUGAGCGUAAUUUCGGACCCAAACUGCAUGGCAUCUUUCCCGGCGGACGCAUCGAGCAAUACUUACCGGCACGCGCCUUGGCCACAGCCGAGCUGGCCGAGCAGCGUAUACUCCUGAAAGUGGCAGAGAAAAUGGGUGAAAUCCAUAGCCUCAAUAUACCCAUGUCCAAGGAGCCGGACUGGAUCUGGAAUUGCAUGCAGCGUUGGGUGACCAGCUUUGAGAGCAUUGUCAAGGGCAAAAUCCAAUCGAAACCGGACUCGGCCGUGCUCCAGAAGCAACGCGAAUUGAUGCGUACCAUUGACUAUGUGCAGGAGAUAGCAUGGCUGCGAUCGGUGAUUGAAAGCGGCGAUUAUCCGGUCGUAUUUUGCCACAACGAUCUGCAGGAGGGAAAUAUACUGCUGCGCCAGGCAACGCCACCCGAACGUACGCCCCGGGAAUCCAUCAGCAGUUUGAGAUCCAAUUUCGAUGAGACAUUGGGCGACAGUUUGGAUGGCAAUAAUAGUAAUCUUUCGGAGCCAGAGGCCAACAAAUCGCACAAUUCGUCGUCGUCCUUGUCGUGUCCCGAACUGCUGGACACCACCGAUGAUUCCGCAUUGGAUACCAGCUUUACCAACGAUAAUGAGCCGGAUCUCAUUAUCAUUGACUUUGAGUACUGUGCCUAUAACUAUCGUGGCUACGAUCUGGCCAAUCAUUUCAUCGAAUGGACCUUUGACUAUACCAAUCCGCAGUUCCCAUACUUUCAUCAUAAUGCAAGCAAUUAUGCCACCGCUCAACAGCGACGAGAUUUCAUAGUGAAUUAUCUAAAGAAAUAUCACGAUGAUGAGAACUAUAAUCCCACUGUGCAAGAGCUGGAGAAUGUGGAUGCAGAGAUACAGUUCUUUACGAUGAUGUCGCAUCUGUUUUGGAGCCUCUGGUCGGUCAUUAAUGUGACAUCAGCCAUCGAGUUUGGUUAUUGGGAGUACGGCAUUGCUCGAAUUCUGGAAUAUCAAAGGCUAAAGGCCGCCUAUUUGGCCGCCAAAUGAUAAGCGUUUGCAUACCAAGGGCACUCUGAUCAAGGAUCUAAUGCAACAUCAUCAUUAAUCUUCAAUAUUCACUUGUAUCGAAUCAAGAAACGUACUUAAGUGACCUUAAAGAAUUAGAAGAACCCAAUACCAGUCCCAGUUCCAGUCCCAGUACCAGUACUCCUUACCCCUGGCCUAAGGAAUGAAUUCGAGCAGAGAGACAUUGAGUUGCCGGCGCCGCUCUUGAAUGGAUUGAAUUGAAUUGAAUAACUUAUUUUUGUAUAGAAAAAUUAGCGAGACUUAGAAUCGAUUAGUGCUGAGAGGAGAUGGAAAAAAAUGAGUCAAAAGAUACCAAUUAAAGCUGUGAUUAUUGCAUGAGACAGAUGACAGAUCAACUAUGAUAUGAUACAACAACAAUUUUACUAGCAAUACUUUUGAAGGCUGACAGAAAAAAAAGGCCUCACAAAAACCAGAUUCGAUAGAAAGUAUUACAGGCAGCACCCCCCACCCGCCACCACACACAGGUUUAGUUCUAGUACCCUAGGAUGAAGAUUUCCCCACCCCACCCCACCCCACAGGUUCUACAAAAAAACUUUCGAAUUUAUUAUUUAUUCGAAUUAGAAUUGUACUUUCGAAUCUAAGUAUUAUUUUGCAUUCUACUUAAUUCGUUUGGCUUCUGUUCGCACGAGAGCCUGCCUGGUUAUCCCCUUUCAGCAGACCCCAGCAUAGACAGGCAACAAACAUGUGUUUUUAUGUACCUCUACCUACUAUACCCCACAUAUUCCUUAAUACAAUUUAGUCAUAAUAUUUUUAAAGUUUUUUCAUAUUUUUUGCGUCUAUUUUUAAAUA